AUGAUGUCCGUACGUCUGUAUUAUUAUUCAAUGAUAUGUUAUAAAUCUUUGAAUAUUUCAAUAACACAACUACGAGAAGCAUUCGAAGCAGAAGCCCAAGAGCGAAAGAAGCCGAGACUAUUGUUGACCGCAGCAGUGCCAGUUGGCCCGGACAACGUGAAAAGCGGAUAUGAUGUACCGGCAGUAGCGAGGUAA